AUGAUAAUAAAACAGUAUGAAGGAGGAAAGAAAGUGAAUGCGAUCGCAUGUGAUAUGAAGUUAUCACACUGUAUUGUGUCGACUAUUUUAAAGGACAAAAAUAGAAUUCAUGAAGCUGUGAAAGGUUCUGCACCUUUGCGAUCAACAGUGAUUACGAAGCAAUGUACCGGGCCCAUUCAUGAAAUGGAGAAAUUGUUAAACAUUUGGAUGGAAGAUCAGAUUCAAAAGCAGACGCCAUUAGGCCUCUUUACAGUACAGUCGAAGGCUAGAAGUCUGUUUGAGACUUUAAAGGAACGCGCCGGAGAAGACUACAGUCAAGAAUUUGUGGCAAGUACUGGUUGGUUUAAGAGGUUUAAGAAAAGAUUCCAGUUGAAUAAUGUUCGAGUGGCUGGAGAAACAGCGAGUGCGAAUGAGGAAGGAGCUAGUAAGUUUGUCGAUAGUUUCGAUGAAAUAAUUAAGGAUGAGGGUUAUCUCGCAGAGCAGAUUUUUAAUGUGGAUGAAACAGGGUUAUAUUGGAAGCAGAUGCCAGGACGCAGUUACAUCCACAAAGAAGCCAAAAGCAUGCCAGGAUUUAAAGCACACAAGGAUAGAUUGACUCUGCUGCUUGGCGGGAAUAUCGCAGGGUUCAAGCUGAAGCCCUUCUUAAUUUAUCAUUCUGAAAAUCCAUGUGCAUUUAAGAAUGUGAACAAGCACACUUUGCCAGUUUAUUAUAGAUCAAACUGUAAUGCCUGGAUGAACCAGGCUUUAUUUGAGGAUUGGUUCAGUAAUUGUUUCAUUCAUCAAGUGCGUGAGUACUGUUUGGAGAGAGGAAUUCCCUUCAAAAUUUUACUGUUGCUCGAUAAUGUGCCUGGACAUCCACGUCACUUAGCUGAUCUCUAUCCCAAUGUGAAAGUGGUUUUUUUUUUGCCCCCAAACACUACUCCACUUAUUCAACUGAUGGACCAAGGUGUGAUUGCUACAUUAAAGGCAAACUAUCUCAGAACCACCUUUGCCCAAGCCAUAGCUGCUAUAGAUGCUGACUUGGAACUAUCACUAUGUGACUUUUGGAAACAGUAUAAUAUUCUUAAGUGUAUAAAGAAUCUUGCUACCACAUGGGACUCUGUGAUGGAAAAGUUUGCAAAUGUUACAGAAGGUCUUCUAGGGACUCUUUCACAUGAAGAUCUGAACAUUUCCUUCGAAAAAAACCUCAUGGCCAGCAGUACAUCAAGAGAGCUGCAGUUUUCUGUGCAGCAAGAUAACUUACAAGACAGCUGCACAUCUCCCUCCUCUUCUGAAAGCAAUACUCUAAAAAAUGCCAGUCUUUCACCUACCCCUCAAUCCAGUGAGCAAGGAUGUUCCACAAAACUUUUAAGAGAAGCCAGCCUCUCUAAAAUCAUUCAACUACCAUGCCUUGAAUACAUACUUCAAAGUGACAGUGAGUUGGAGCAGGAACCUGUGUUUAUACAACUCCUGGAAAGGCUACAGAAUAUCUGCACACCUCAGAAGCGACAGGACUGUAUGCCUCAAAUAAAUAAAGAGAUGUCUCGGCAUCACCAUUGA